AGACAAAUGACAUGCAAAAUAGAAAAAAAAAACAUGAUGACAUGACUCUAUGACCAUAGAGAAUCUAACCAUGACUGAAAAAUGUCACACGAAGUUUACUGAGAAUUUUGAAAAUCAAAAUUAUGUUAUUUACUUUGGAGUUUUAUCUGUAUCACUUGCAGUUUUAUAUUUCUACAGAUUUCACUUCAUCGCUAUAGUGCUCAGCUAUGUGUUGGGAUGUGUGGCUUGUUAUUAUGGGGUAAAAUCAAAUAUUUUGCACACAUACGUGCAACAAUUAAAGUGCCAUUUUGUGAGAGAAUCAGUUGAUGAGAGGAUUGUAUUAACACAUAAGAAAAGUUGUGUAGCAUGUGGUUCCAAAGAUUGUGCCCGUCAUAAUCCAGACAUUCCAGUAGAGCCCUGGGUGGGUCUACAAAUACAUAAACAACUAGACCAAGCCAUUGAAGAUUUUUAUAAUACAAUUUUGGAGCAGUUUAUAAACUCUUGGUACAGCAAGAUCACACUGCAACCAUUCUUUGUUGACGAGCUGCGUUAUCAACUCCGUCAUGCAUCUGCUAGUCUAUUAAGUCGUGCUGUAAAGGUAGACUUUGCUAAACUAUUAACAUGGCGCCUGGUACCAUGCGCCUUACGUCACUACUGCGAGUGUACGCAGUCUCGGAUGCGCCCCCAUCCUGCGGCCGCCAACAGGCACGCAGAGAUCAAGUACUUGAGAUGCGUCACCGAUGCUAUCAUGCCGUAUCUACUUAACCAGACCGAAGUCAAUAAUUCGGCGUUUCGGGUUUUAAUCCGUGAGAUAUUUGCUGGCUGGGUGCUGUUGUCACUUACGGACGUCCUGGCCGAUCCCUACAUACUUAACACUCUGAUUAUACUGGCCACUGGCGACGAUACCAUGGCACAGUUGCCGACUACACCCAAUUAUAAAGUGGAGUUUCUAGAAACAUUCGCUCGUCACACGGACUCUGUGUAUGUGCAACGCAGCAAGUUGUUGAGAGUCGAGUUGGAACAAGUCAUUGAUGACCAAGACCAAUUUUAUGCGUUCGUGCAGUACCUGAAGUCAUCCAGCCAUAUACACUUGCUGCUCUUUUACAAGGAUAUCAAACUAUUUCAAACGAAACUACUGAACCCCGAUUUGGAUGAUACGGAACAAGAGUGUUUACACAAGGAAGCGUGCGAAUUGUACCAGUUGUACCUCUCCCCGAAUACUUCUAGCCGAGUGCCUUUAGACGCCACACUGGCGAUGGAACUCCACCAUCUACUUCAGGCAUCAGACAGUAUUAGCAGAUUACAAAGGAGUAGAGCUCUUUAUAUGGCAGCGGGGCAAGCUCACGCCGUCUUAGAAAAGGUUAUGUUGCCAAGGUUCCUGCACAGCCAAGAGUAUUAUGAACUCGUUAUCGGGUCACGGACACCUACUGGUUUCCAGAAACAGAUGACUAAGAAACCUCACGACAAGUUGUUACUGUCAGCCUUAAAACUAGGGAACAAGUUGAAGGGUGCUUUGAAACCACAAACUGCAGAUGACCAAGUUAUGGACUCUUUGGGAAGCGACGACUCGGCUGAAGACGAAAAUAUGGACUUAAUGAAGUAUUUGGACGCACUUUCCACUGAGGACGAUAUGAGGGAACACGAUCUGAGCACAUACAAGGUCGUACUUACUAACGUCGAAGCGAGAUUGCAACCCCCACCCCGUCGCGGUCCCGUCCGCGUGUUUACCUUAGCCGUGCAUCGAACCGAACACUGCACCGGUGGGGCCAGGCUAUGGACACUGGAACGGAGCGAACACGACUUCCAUUUACUGAGAGCUAAACUGCACGAGUUCCACGGAGAUAGAUUGUUGCCACACCCGCCUCUGCCUUCCCGCAGAGACAACAGCCCGAUGGAGACUCUCCGUUACAAAUACGAAGACUUCCUUCAGAGAUUACUGCAAAAGAGUCUUUUACAAACCAGCGAGUUACUCCAUUUAUUCCUGACCGUUGACAAUGACUUUUCUUUGGUCGUUCAAGCAUCCACUAUGAACGCUAGUAGCAGUGACAUUGGGAAUAUUUACCAAUCUGUAGCGCAUAAACUGAGGAAGGAAAAGGGACAACAUUUGGAGACGUUCCUGAGAAAUUUCCUGGUGUCCAGUGACAUGGAUCGGUAUCAAGCUUUGAAACAUGGCACAGCGCGUGAAGUGGAAGAAGCUCAAGAAAUCAGCGAAGACAUAGAAAUUGAAGUGGCUGAAAGGCCUCGGAACACGAGGAAUUUCAUAGGACCAGUGUUCGGGGACAACUUUGGAAUACAAUCUGUUGUGAACGAAGCCAAAGAGAAUGUACAUCAGACGACUGUCGUGGGAUUCACGCGGUGUUUUAUGUUUUUGCUGGUGAAGGUUCUCCGCGUUCGGGGCGUGGUGUCGGCAAUGGCAGGCAGCGUUCUGGGCAUGACGCGGGAUAUAAUCGACCACGUGUUCGAUGCCUGUCUGAACAACGUGCUUUAUAGGGUGCUGUCAGAGAGACGGCUCGCUCAUCUCAUCAGGUUGGGGCACGGUGUUCUUUUCAACAAGCGUUCAUCUCACGUUCGCUCCGAUCCCGAUAAGCAGCGGGAGUUGGCCCGCAGUCAGCUGAUGAGAAGCAUUCCGUCCGGUGCUGUGUUUAUGCUGGGAUCCUCUCUGCCUACUGCGGUGCAGAAUGCCUUUGAGUUCAUACAGAAACCACAUCUUAAUAAACAUUUGGUGUAUAAUUUAUUGGACUUAUGCCUCAUCGAGCUGUUUCCCGAAUUAAAUGAUUCAAUCGGUCCAUCGAAAGAACCAAAGAGUUAAAAACAUCUGAAGCUAUAUAUGUAACUAGGAGUAAUGUCAUAGUUAUUAAUUAGUACAGAUCACAUACGGACACUAAUGCAUUUAAUAUAUAAUGGUGACAAUAAUAAAGUACCAUCUCAUCAGUUUUUUUGCAGUUGGAAUACUGAAUCUUAAUCAUUAAUAAUAUUAAAAAUGUUGGUAGUACCGGUACAAUUCGCAUUCAUAAUAGUAAUAAUUUCGAAAAGUUUUUACCAGUUUAGUCAUACAGGCCUUACCACAGGCGCUCAUAAAAC